GAAGGCGUGACGUGGGGUCGGGAGUGGGCUCAGAGGCGGGCGCUUCUCAGCAGUCACGGUGGCCGCAGCUGCAGGGCCUGGGGACGCGGGUGGCCGGGGACGCGGUCGCAGCCUCGUCGUCACGCCGACCAUGGCCGCGCUCGGUCGGCCGUUCAGCGGCCUCCCCCUGAGCGGCAGCUCGGACAUCCUACAGCCGCCGCCGGCCUUCGCUGGCCGGGCCUUCCCGCCGGGAGCUGACGGCGCCGAGCUGGCCCCGCGGCCGGGAUCCCGCGCCGCCCCGAGCAGCCCCGGCGGGAGCGCGGCGCGCGGACGUGUUUCAGGUCGUUGUAAAAAGAAACACAAGCGAGAGGAAGAAGAGGAUGAUGAUUGUCCAGUAAGAAAGAAAAGAUUAACAGAAGCAGAGGUCUGUGGUGGUCCUAAUGACUGGAUUCUUUGUGCACAUCAGGAUGUAGAGGGUCAUGGAGUAAAUCCAUGCCCUAGUGGCCUUUCUGUACCUGGCAUGUUAGAUGUUAUUUGUGAAGAAAUGGAUCAGACAACUGGAGAACCCCAGUGUGAAGUUGCUCGAAGGCGGCUUCAGGAGAUUGAGGACAGGAUAAUUGACGAAGAUGAAGAAGUUGAAGCUGACAGAAAUGCCAACCAUCUCCCCAGUCUUGUCCUUUCUGAUACCAUGAAAACAGGUUUGAAGAGGGAAUUCGAUGAAGUCUUUACAAAGAAAAUGAUUGAGUCCAUGAGCCGUCCCUCCAUGGAGCUUGUGCUCUGGAAACCUCUCCCUGAACUCCUUUCUGAUAAGCCAAAGCCAUCAUCUAAUGCUAAGAACUGUGCAGGAGAGAGCCAAACAAAGCAUGCAGUUGCUGGCACUGCCUUCCCUCAGAGAAGUGAACUGUUCUUGGAACCUCGGCAAACAGGGAUGCCUCUUUACAAUAGUUUGGAGACAGCUGCUAGCACAGAAGAAGAGAUGGAACUCUAGAACCAGUUUCUAUACUAAAGUUCUCAAGUUUUAGAAGCCUCCUGUGUUCAGUCAUGAGCCUACUUGUGUAGCAUAGGGACUUGAAAGUUUUAUGAAACGGGUGUAAUAAUAUCUCCACCUGUGAUUUGGGGUGGGACUCUCAUUUUGGGUAGCCAUUUAUUGAAUUCAACUUUUUGCCAAGGAAGCUUGUCUCAAGAGAAAAGCAGUUUCCUACAGAGCUUAUUAAAGGAAUGUUAGAUUACAGUCUUUUCAAAGGCAAGUAUAGAAGCUAUAUGUGUAAGAGUGAUUUAAGUCACCUGCCACAGUGUCUAAACCAUUCAGACACUUGGAAAAUAUUCUCCUCAAGUUGAAAAAAGAUGAUUAAGAAAGAAGGAUGCUCCUGUAACUGAACCCUGACAGUUGAAUCACAGCUUAGUCUGUAGAUAUCGGCUGCUUACAAUGGUUACUAUAUAUGAUUGGGGAGCAGGAGGGAAGAAAGCAGUAGUUUAAGUGUAUUGCUAAGAAAUUUAACAGAGGCCCUGAAACUUGUAUAUUAGUUGUCAAUUCAAUGUAGCUGUAUUGAUUAAAUAACCAGUAGCAUUGUGGCACUCCUUUUUGCCUCUGAAAAUGCCAUAAAAAUACAAAGGAAAGGUUUUUCCUUCAAGGCUCUUUUGCCUUGUGCUACUGUUGCUCCUUGAUUUCCCUUGCAUUAUUGAUAGGCCCAGUUAUUCAGUAAUGUUUACAACUUAAUUAACUUUGAGUGAUAGUUAAAAAGGUAACUAUCUGCAAAUUGUCUGUGAGGGAAGCAUCCUUUAGUUAAUCCUAAGGAAGGCUGUUAGUUAAAUCCAACAUGGAUAGCGUCUGUAGUUUUAAAAAAAAAAAAGGUUGUACUUGUAUUAGCAAGGUGUUUUUUAAUGUUAAUUUAGAAAACUGGUUUUUUAAAAAAAUUACGUAGCCAUUAAAACUUUAUGUAUUGGGGGGGUGGGGGGGAGGAGGCAGCCGGCAGGUAUGGGGAUUCAAACCCUUAAUGAAUAAUUAACUGAGAGUAUAUGGGCAAGUGACACUGAAUUUACUGAAACAGCCAGUUUGUCUGGUGCUUAAUCUAUUGUUAAGUAAUCCUAAAAAUUAGUGGAGAAUAGCUUCCUGCUAGCAGGAAAUCUUCAUCUUCUUGAAUACCUAACUAAACCAGGCUCAAGGUGUCCUUUGGGGUUAACCAGGAUUGAAGUUUUUCAUUUCUCAGGAAGAGUUCUUCUGUGUGGCAAGGACUUAUAGUGCAAGAUAAAAUGACAAUUCCUUUAUUGCUACAGAAUAUCCACUAUAAGUUAUUAAAUGAGUAUAAUACUGUGAUAUUGGCCUUUCCAUCACACAACAGGAGACCACCCCAGUUCUUUUUGUUUUGUUUUCCGGGUUUCUUCCCCCUUUUUAGGAAUCAAAUACCUUUUGUAGAAAAAAAUGGUUUAUGCCAAGUAGAGGUGAAUUUUUAGAAACCAGCUUCCAGGCAUUUUUUGAAACCCACACUGAAAUCCCUCCCCUUGUUACAGUUGGCGUAGAAGUCACAAGUCUGUUAAUUGGACUGUUUCUUCUCCAGCCUGUUGUUCCUACUUUCUCUAUUUCUGUCUGGAUAGUCAGGAAAAGAUUUAAUGUUUAAUAUUUAAACAACAUAUUUAAUGUCUACACAGUAAGAUUUUUCGAACUUCAAACCAGUAUUGAAACCAGUUGGAAACCAGCUAAUAGUUUCUUAAUCUCAGACUUAGAGAUGAAUGUAAACUGUAUUCUGUUGAAAUGUGCAAGUGUUUGAUUCAUGCCGUUUGAAAAAUUCCUGCCUUGAGGUCACUGUUUAAUGGGACCAACUUGUAAAGUUUGUAGCCUUAAAGAAAUCUUUGUACUUAAAAAAUUUUAUUCUAAUACAAGUCAAAAACAUGAAGUGACUUCCCAGAGUUUGGAGUUAGUCCCAGUGUUAGGGUGGAAAGGGAGAUGAUAGAUUUCCAAAACACACCAAGAUUGUCUUGUGUAGGAAUUGUUGGGCAGGCCUCUAAUCAAAGGCCUACAAGAUGAAAAGGAGGAGAAAAGAGCCCUGAAAAACAAGGCUAUGAUACUAUUGGUAAAUAUAGGAGAGAAUUAAGGUUCUGAUACUGUUGGUAAAUAUAGGAGACAAAUCCAAACAGAACUUGUUUGAGGAGUCAAGUUAUCUGACAUAAAUAUUUCUGCAGGAAAAUGAAUGUUUCAUGUUCCAUUUUGAACUUUAUCUUGCAUAUGUUUGUACAAAAAUUGUCUUCAUCCUUGUGGUGCUUAUUCAUCUGAGCCGUGUCCACAGCCCCAAUGCCUCUGCUUUUUGUUUUUCUUUUGUAGCAUAAAGCUUUUGCUUUUGCCUUAAGGUUUCCCUAGGGAAUUAACAGGUCUUUUCAUUUUGUAUAGCUUUUGUAGCAUGGAUCAAACAUUGGCUUGUUAUGCUAAUGUGUGAAGAGAAAAAGUUAUCUAAAGCAGGUGAGCUUUAAUGAACAAAUGUAUAUUUUCUCUGAGUUUGAAUAGGGUGUGUAUGGUUUUUGUUUUUUUUGUAAUUAUGAAGAAAGUAAGUCCAGUUCUCACAAAUUUUAAUCAGUUUAUAAGAAAACUACUCAUUCUUGAAAAGAUAAAAAUGUAAAAUUUAGAAGAAUAACUAGGGUAGGGGCUAGAACCACGAGAAGUAUGUUUACCACCAGGUUCAUUUGUUGUUUUAGGUCUGGAACUUAGCUUUGUUUUUUAGUAGUGACAAGAAUGGUUCAGUACUAGGAAGGUUCUGGAAUAUGCUGUCAGUUUUACUUGGAAAUGAGAAUCUGGUGUUUCUGUAUUUUACCAUUUUCAAUAAAACUUAAGUGUUUUGGACUUUCUGAAA